AUGGCUGAAGCACAUGAAGCUGUUGCUUUUGAAUUUCGUGUUGGUGCCGAAGGUGUUAAUCUUAAUGUAAGUUAUGAUGUAUUCAAAGCACUGCUCUAUGCGGGCUUACGUUCAUGGAAACUUCGUUGUCGUCGUACAAUGAAUUCUUUAUAUAAUACAAUAUAUCCUGGUCAUCCACUUUUUGGUAUUGCUUCGUGUGGUAUUGUAUAUGGUCUUAAUACAAAAGGUCAUGAUCCAUCAAAUGGUUUAAUUGAUUGGCUUGAUUUACAUAUAUUUAAAAGAUAUUUUACACCAGAUAAUUCAAAAAUUCUUGCAUGUAUUGUAUUUGGUACUGGUGCAUAUAUAGUUUUAGUACAAAUUCGACAAUCUGCAUUGAAAAAAUUAUUUUCUUAUCAUGGUUGGAUGUAUCAAGAGCAUGGAAAAAAAAUGAGAUUUGGUACAAAAUUAUGGGGAAGUUUAGUUAAAUUAUUAAUUGGUCGAAAUCCAUCCUUAUAUUCAUAUCAAAGUGUUUUACCAACAUUACCAUUACCAAGUUUAGAUGAUACAUUAAGAAGAUAUUUAAGAACAAUUCGUCCAUUAUGUAAUGAUGAAGAAUAUCAUCGUAUGGUAACAUUAGCUGAAGAAUUUAGAGAAACAAUCGGAAGAAAAUUACAAAGAUAUUUAUGGUUAAAAUGGCUUAUAUCAACAAAUUAUGUAUCUGAUUGGUGGGAAAAGUUUGUCUAUUUACGUGGUCGAUCACCAAUUAUGGUUAAUAGUAAUUUCUAUGGCCUUGAUACUGCUUAUGUUCGUCCAACAAAAAUUCAAACAGCACGUGCAGCUAAUAUUGUCUGUGCUGCAUUUCAAUAUCGUAAUGAACUUGAUCAUCAAAAUAUUAAACCACUAAUGGUACAAAAUUUAAUUCCACUUUGUUCAAGUCAAUAUGAACGACAAUUUAAUACAACACGUAUACCUGGAAAAGAAACAGAUAAACUUGUUCAUUAUUCAGAUAGUCAUCAUAUUGCUGUUUAUCAUAAAGGUCGUUGGUAUAAAGUAUUUAUGUUUUAUAAAGAUAAUUUACUUCAACCAUGUGAACUUCAAAUUCAAUUAGAUGAAAUUAUUAAAGAUCCAACAUUACCAUGUUAUGGUGAAGAACAUUUAGGAGCAUUAACAGCUGGCGAACGUACAUUAUGGGCUGAAGCACAUCAAACAUAUUUUUCAACAGGUGUUAAUCGUUCAUCAUUAGAAGCUAUUGAAAAAGCAGCAUUUACACUUAUUUUGGAUGAUGAAGAAUAUGAUAUAGGAGUCUUACAGAGUAAUUCGUCAUUGUCAUCAAUAAAUAAUGAGAAUACGACAGACAAAUUUGAUACUUAUGCACGUUCAGUUCUUCAUGGAAAAGGUUAUGAUCGUUGGUUUGAUAAAUCACUUAAUUUUAUUAUUAGUAAAAAUGGUGUGGUUGGAAUUAAUGUUGAACAUAGUUGGGCUGAUGCUCCAGUUUCUGUUCACUUGUAUGAAUAUAUGAUUGCAGAAGAUAUUGUGAAUUUUAGUUAUGAUGAACUUGGUAAUACACGUGGUACACCACGUUUUGUUGCACUUAAACCAAUUAAACUUAAAUGGUUAAUACCAGAAGCUUGCAAUAAUAUGAUUGAAAAAAGUCUUGCUCAAGCAAAAAACUUAUAUGAAAAUGUUGAUCUUCAUGUUUAUGUUCAUAAUGCAUAUGGAAAAGGUUUUAUGAAAAAAUGUAAAUUAUCACCGGAUGCUUAUAUUCAAAUGGCACUUCAAUUAGCUCAUUAUCGAGAUUCUGGUCGAUUUAAUUUAACAUAUGAAGCAUCGAUGACACGAUUAUUUCGCGAUGGUCGAACAGAAACAGUUCGUUCAUGUUCAAUUGAAUCAAGUCAAUGGGUUAAAUCAAUGGAGAAUCCAACAGUUACGAAAAAUGAACGUAUUAAAUUACUUCGUCGUGCAUGUGAUUAUCAUCAACAACAAUAUCGUGAUGCAAUGACUGGUAAAGGUAUUGAUCGUCAUUUAUUCUGUUUAUAUGUUUUAUCAAAAUAUCUGGAAAUCGAAUCACCAUUUCUUCAACAAGUUCUUCAUGAACCUUGGAAAUUAUCAACAAGUCAAACGCCAGUAACUUAUGAUGAUCAACAUUUAAAACGAUUGAUGGCUAAAAAUCCAGAUGUGGUAGCUAGAUAUGGAAUUAUUAAUAGCCACAGUUUGGUACCACUUGGUGGCGGUUUUGGACCAGUAGCUGCUGAUGGAUAUGGUGUCAGUUAUAUAAUUGCUACAGAAGAUUUAAUCUAUUUUCAUAUUUCAUCUAAUAGAUCUGCACCAGAAACAGAUUCAAAACGAUUUGGUCAACGUAUUCGUCAAGCAAUGGAAGAUAUGAGAGCUUUAUUCGACGAAGAAUCUCAGAAUGUUGAUGGUUUCUAUGAACACAAGAAGAUCUAA